GACAGGAUGCAGUUAACACCGUUCUGCCUGAUGCUGUCGGCCUGUAUUCGGGUCAGCCCGGACAGGUCUCAGUUCUUCAGGUACGACACCAUCACCAUGAGCUGCGGGGAUGUGCUGAACUCCACCGGGUGGAAGGUGAAGAGGAAAACACUGGAGGGCGGGGUCAGACCCUGCUCCUUAGGUUGGGGCUCCACCUCCUCGGGGUCGACUUGCAUCAUUGGAAACAUCUACCCAUCGGACAGCGGGGUGUACUGGUGUGAGUCUGUNACCAUGAGCUGCGGGGAUGUGCUGAACUCCACCGGGUGGAAGGUGAAGAGGAAAACACUGGAGGGCGGGGUCAGACCCUGCUCCUUAGGUUGGGGCUCCACCUCCUCGGGGUCGACUUGCAUCAUUGGAAACAUCUACCCAUCGGACAGCGGGGUGUACUGGUGUGAGUCUGUGGACGGGGAGCAGAGCAACAGUGUCAACAUCACGAUCACUGAUCGUACUGUGAUCCUGGAAAGUCCUGCCCUCCCUGUGUCGGAGGGAGCCGCUGUGACUCUGUACUGCAAAGCUGAGACGCGCUCCCCCGACCACGUGUUUAAUUUCUAUAAAGAUGGCCGCCCCAUCGGCAGCGGCUCCACAGGUCAGAUGACCAUUCACAGUGUUUCCAAAUCUGAUGAAGGCCUCUACAUGUGCAGCGUUUCUGGAGGUGAAGAAUCAAGAGCCAGCUGGCUGGCUGUUGAAGCUUCAUCCUCAUCUCGGACUGCUUCAUGUUCAGUUUCUGUCUUGCAAAUCAUGUUUCACCUGCUGGUGGGAGCUCCUUACCUGCUGUCCACCAUCUUACUGGGACUCAUAUACAGAGACAGGAGGAGAGCAGCUCAGACGGUUGCAAAGACAAGAGGCAGCAACGAUGUCAUCAUGGAUAUAGUCGUGUAGCCCGACAAACCAGUAACAAGCGGCCAAGAAAUUCUGCAUUGCUUCCAACCCUGCACCACAGAAGAUUUAUUCAUUCAUUCAAGGUCAGCAGAGAUUGUUGCGAAGAGUUUACAAAGACCUCGUAGACGUAAUGACCAACAAGGUCCUACCAUGCUUAUCGUCCUCUUUUCACAUGCCUUCCAAAA